UGUGAGUUGAUAUUAACCAAGACAAAACAUUUCGGUAGACAAUUUAGUCUUAACUUGGCCAGCUUAGCAGAUGGCUGGCUUUUAAAUUUAGAAACUUGUGAAAAGAAAUACUUAUAUUAAACGAAAAUAACAAACAAAACGGAAUUUGAAAAUAAUAAAUUAUUAAUUAUAGAAAAUAUAGAGAAAAAAAAACAACGAAAGUAAAUUAUAUUACAAAAGAAACUACAAAAUUUCGGGAAAAAAGUGCUUAAAAUACCAUUUGAAUCAUAAUAAAAAUAAAAGUUUUCCAAAUUUUUUUAAAUAAAAUUUCCAAAGAGAAACAAAUUUAAUUAAAAUCUAAAAAAAAAUCCUAUUUGGUAUUUGUUAAAAAUUGCGACAUUCUUCUUAAGUGUUUUUUCAAAAACAACGAGUAAACAAUUUUUGUUUAAGAAAAUUGUUUAAUAAAUAUUACGAUUUUGUUAAAGAAAAUAAACAAAACUAAAUAAACUUCUUGAGCUACUCUACUCUAGGGAGUAGUUAUUUUGCCGAUUGCUUAAUAUUGUAUUUUCCGCGUGUAAUUUUGCUGCUUCUUCUUUAAGCGAAAAACUUUAAAAAGAAAAGUUUUAUUACUCCAAUAUCUUCAAUACCAACUAUUAACAUUAAUCUUAGCAAAUUGGCUCCUCCAACAAAUAUUAAUUAUACCGAUAUGACGGUCAUGAAUGAUCAUGACAGGAGUCAUGAUCUUAAUUUGAAACCAUUACCGGCGGUUCAUGACAAAACUACGAAUGAUGUGAGAACUAUUGCUGAUUUCUUUGCCCAUAAAAAUGUAUUCAUUACUGGAGGCACUGGCUUUUUGGGUACCGUUUUAAUCGAGGCUUUAUUAGAUGCUACACCCGAUAUUGGUACCAUAUAUGUUUUGGUUAGAGGCAAAAAGAAUGUUAACCCAAAUGAUCGUAUUAAAAGACUAUUACAGAAACCGAUUUUCAAAAAAUACGAUGAAAAAUCUUUGGCAAAAGUCAAACCUGUCGUAGGAGAAUUAAGCGAAGUCAAUUUCUGUUUUAGCGAUGAAGUCCUGCAGGAACUUAUCGAUCGUGUUAAUAUCAUCUAUCACAGUGCCGCCACCAUUAAAUUUAGCUCUCCCUUACGUACCGCCAUAAAAACAAAUUUAACUGGUACGAUGCGUACCAUAGAGCUGGCUAAGAGAGUGAAAAACUUGUCGGCCUAUAUUUAUUGCUCCACAGCAUUCUGUAACAGUAAUAAUCGGGGUUUGAUAGUGGAAGAGGUAUACAAAUCAAAAUUUGAUCCUUAUGAAAUGAUGAAAAUGGCUGAAGAUGAUAGUAAAUGGGAGAAUUUUACACAUGAAAAGUGCAAAGAAUAUAUAUGUGAUCAUCCAAAUACGUAUACGUUUACGAAAAAUCUUUCGGAAAAUUUGUUAAUGGCAGAGAUGAAGGGUAUGCCAGCGGCCAUUGUAAGACCCUCAAUAGUUUACGGCACCUGGGAAAAACCUACCGAAGGUUGGGUGGGCAGUGCCAAUUCGGGCCAUUUGGGCUUUUUAGCUGGUUUCAUUAAGGGCAUUUUCCGCACCAUGUGUGGCAAGGCUUCUGCCGUCAUUGACAUCAUACCCUGUGAUUAUGUUAUUAACUCUUCAUUAAUCAUGGGCUGGUAUGUCGGCACUAGACAUAUCGAAAAGCCGGAGGUUAUACAUUGUACUUCGGGUGAGGUUAACCCCUUGACAUUGGCUGAGUUCUGUAAAAUUGUUAAUGCCAGCGUUGAGAGACAUCCACCGAAUAAUUUUGUUUGGAAACCAAAGGCCAUAUUGCGUAAUGGUUGGCGUUAUAAUCUAUUCUUCUACUUGUUCCACAUACUGCCAGCGAUGGUUUUCAUUAUACCAGAGAAAUUAUUUGGAUUGGGUAUGCCACAGCACACAGCCCUCGACUACAUGCGUGUCUUCCACAAGGGUACCAAAGCCUUCGACUAUUUCCUAGACAAAGAUUUCCGUUAUGAUUUAAAGAAUGCUCUGCGCAUUAUGAACUUGGUACAUGAAUCGGAUCGUAAACGUUACAACUUCGAUUCUAGCCAAUGUGAUUGGGUAGAAUUCUUGGAUCGUGUACUAAUAGGCAUUAGACGUUUCUAUUUCAAAGAGUCUGCAGUGACCACCUCAUGGCAUCGUAACUACUGGAAGGCAUUCAAUGUCCUCUACUAUUUAGGUUUUGUUGUCAUGUUAGCUAUUAUCUCCAUCAUUUGUGUGCCCUUAUUUGGUUUCGCUAUAGGUUUUCCUUUGGCUUUAGUCAUCUGGGGUUUCCUGGUUUGGCUGUAGAACCAAUUAUACCAAUUACAACAUUCAUACUUUCAUUAAUUACGCGUGUGUGUGUGUGCAUCUGUACUGUCUAUGUUAUUUUAUAGUUUAUAUUAUUUUUUUAUAUAAAACAUUUUUUUAUUAAAUCAUUUCUACCUCUAUUUUAUUUUAUAAUUUUUUUAUAUAUUUUAUUAUUAAUUAAUGACAAUAAAUGGUUUUUUAUUUAAUUAAGGGAAACAUUUAGUAGAAGAAAAGAAAAACAUAUUAUUUAACUUUGUCCCCCUCCCCAAAAAACAAAUUGUCAUUCAUAAUUUGUUUAGUUUUAGUUUAAGAACGAUUAUUUUCUUUUUUAUAAAAUUCAUUUUUUAUUUUUAAAAAUUUUCUCUUUUACUUGGUUGUUUUCUCUUACUUUUCUGAACUUUUUUUAAAAGCAAAAAAUCUUGUUAUUUUAACGAACUUAUUUAGUUAAUAUUAUUUUACGAAAAAACAAAACGCUCUAAAAAACAUUUAUUUUAUAUUAAGUCAUAUAAAAUGUUUAUAAAUAUUAUAUAAAAACAAAAUUUAUAUAAAUAACAAAUAAAAAUUAAUU